GAGCGCUUCGUGAAUAACAUAUCCCAAAUCCUUGCAGACCCUUAUCCGUUUCAUUCGUUGCCGGUCCCAAUUAGAAGAAGAAAUACGAAGAACAAAAUACUUCCCAUGUCUUUAGCGGUGAACUGGAAUGCCCAUCUCAGUCUCCAUGCUAUUCUCCGGUGUGCCUCCAAACACCCGAAUAAAAACCCUUCGCCUUCGCGCCCAUUCGAAGAAAUCCUGAUCAUCCGCCUCCGAUCUCUCCUCCCGAUCCCCAAUCUUCCGCCGUCCAUUUCCUUUCCCUGGCUCUCCCGUGCCGUCGAUCUCCUCGCCCACACCUUCGCCAGCGCCAUCGCCCUCUUCUCCGACCCCGCCCUCUCCGGCGCCGACCACGCCGCCCUCGCCUCCCACCUAGACGCCAGCGUCGCCCUCCUCGACGCCUGCAACGCCGCCUCCGCGGAGAUCGAGCGCCACCGCUGCGGCCUCCUCCGCCUCCGGUUCUCCCUCCACCUCCUCGCUGGCGACGGCCGCCGCCUGCCACCUUCGCCCGACCGCGUCCGUCGCGCCCGCAAGGCGAUCGCGGAGUGGGAGACGCUCCCGAGGCGCGAGAUUCGAGGACACGCCGGUGAUCUGAUCCGGCGGCUGGAGCCAGGGGAGCCGCCGCGCGGCAAGAUCUCCGCCGUCCGGAGGGCGUUGUACGCCGUGGAAGGGGUGGCGGGCCUGGUGAUGGCUUCCGUCGUGGCGGUGCUUGGCGGCGGGGAGGAGGGGGCUCUGGCCGGAGUUAGAGUUUCCGGCGAGUUUCCAUGGGGGGAGGCGUUCGACGAUGUGAGGGCGGCGGUUUCCGGCCGGCUCGGGGAGGGGUUCUCCAGUGAGGUGGAGGCGGUGGAGGCGGCGGUGAGGGCGGUGGUGGGAGUCAUCGACGGGGAAGAUAACGAAGAGAAGCCCGCGAGAUUAGCGAGCGCGGUCGUUGAGCUGGAGAAAGCGACGGAGGAGUUAGCGGAGGGGCUGGAUCGGUUGGCGGACGCAGUCAAUGGGUUGUUCCGUGCGGCGAUGAGCUCGAGGGAUGCCGCGUUGCACGGUAUGUGGAUUGGUCCCAAGAAGUGUAAAUAGGUGAACAAAGAAUGCACCCUCCCAGUUAUACGAAUAAAUUCCUUGCGUCUAAAAGUGUGUUUUUUUACUUUUUGAGAAAUAAAUUUGUAGGUGUUGUUUGUUUAUGGAAGCAGAUUUUUAUAUUUAUAACAUAUUAGCAUACAGUCAGUAUUAUGCGCGGGA